AUGGCCAUUGAAUGCCCUAAAAUCCAAGAUGAUGACAUAAACAAAAUAGCACAGUGGCUGCUUGAACAUAGCACUGGAGGCAAGCUUGAAUAUGGUGCAAAAAAGGAGGCAGCCCUCCUCUUCAAAGUGAAUUUGAAGACCAUUUGGAGGAUAUGGAGCCAAGUAUUACAUCAGCGAGCUUGUGGCGUACCUGUCCAGGUAAAGUCCAUUAGAAAAGGCAUCUCAUACAAAAACAAGAAGAGUAUUGAUGUUGAAAAAGUGAAGAAUCUUUCUGUGCUUCAAAGAUCAUCAAUGAGAAUCAUGUCUACAAACCUAGGUGUGUCUAAGUCUUUGAUUCACAAGUGGGUAAAGGAGAAAAAACUGAAACCACAUACAAAUGCUAUAAAACCAUUUCUUACCCCACAAAAUAGGCUGUCAAGGCUUAGUUGGAGCCUAAAACAGCUUAGUUCAAUAAGUGAGGGUGGUUUUAUAAAGUUCCAAAGUAUGUACAACACCAUUCACAUCGAUGAGAAAUGGUUUUACCUUACCAAAAUUAAAGAUAGGUAUUACCUCAUGCCGGAUGAAGAGGAACCGUAUAGGACAUGCAAAUCAAAGAGGUACAUUGACAAGAUUAUGUUUAUGUGUGCUGUAGCACGACCUAUAUUUGACAUAGAUGGCACAAUACUCUUUGAUGGAAAGUUUGGCAUAUUUCCUUUCACAACCAUAGAACCAGCUCAAAGGAAUUCAAAAAACAGAAGCAAAGGAACCUUGGAAGUGAAGCCAAUUGCAGCCAUUACAAAAGAAGUCAUGAAAGCUUGCCUUAUUAAAGAGAUGGUUCCAAUCUUUAAAGCUAAGUGGCCAUUGGCAGCAAACAAGCACAUUUUUAUCCAACAAGAUAAUGCCAAACCCCACAUAAAACCUGAUGAUCCAGACUUUCUAGCGGUUGCAAAUACUGAUGGAUUUAAAAUCCAACUAGUAUGCCAGCCAGCUAAUUCGCCGGAUACAAAUGUGAAUGAUCUAGGCUUUUUCCGAGCUAUACAGACAUUGAAAGAUCAGAAACCAGCAAGUAAUGUGGAGGAGUUACUAAAGAAUGUGAAAGAUGCCUAUGACGAAUACCCACCAGAGAAGCUAAAUCACGUGUUCCUCACUUUGCAAAGUUGCUAUCACGAAAUAAUCAAGGCAAAGGGUGGGAAUAACUACAAAAUUCCUCACAUGAACAAAGACAGACUCACAAGACUCGGAUUGCUACCAGACUGUAUUCAGGUUGAAGAAGCACUUGUGAGGGAAAGUUUAGAGUUCCUAGAGUUGGAAGCAAGUGAAGAAGGUGAAAUUUACAACCUUGGAGAUGUCAUAGAAGGGCUGCAUCAAGUGGGUAUUACUGAGUAG